GCUGUCCACACUCUUGGCGCACUGCUUGACGAUCGAUGCCCGAGUUUAGCUACACGAUCGUGGGCCCAGCGACCAUCUACAGCCAGCACCCGAUCGAGGCCGAGGCUGCCGGUCGUAGCCGCUCCCGGCGGCCGGCAACUAGCGAAAGCACCAAGAAGACCGUCGCCUUUGCCCGCGACUGCGCGUUGGCGUUCGCCAAGGACUGCAUGGAGAUGAACCACCGGGCGCUGGCGUCGACCAAGUCGUCGCCGAGCGUGCACUUUGACGAUAUGUCGCGGCAGUACUCGGUGCACGCGAUGCUCGAGCUCCAUGCGUCGCUCACCGACGUCCUCGAGGUGUUUGCGCAGGCGACGCCGGCCGCCGACCCGUUCUUGGCCCGCGUCUUUGACGGCGCGCUCGAGAUGCGCGAAGUCACGAGCUACCCACCCACCGCGUCAUCUAGCGAUGUCGAGAUUAGCGCCACGAGCCUCAAGCGCGUGCGCUUCAACGCACGCGUCUUCAAGAAGGAGCUCGUGUGCCUCGAGCACAUUGAGACGCUGACGCCAACGUCGAUAGUGCGCUACUUCGAGUCGGUCGACGAGUCGGUCGGUCACGAUGACUUGCCUCGCCACCACCGACUCACGUUUGGCUACUACUUUGAAAAAGUGUCGCGCUCCAACCGGCUACGCUUGACGUUUUACGGUAGCCACGUCUUGUCGUCGACCAAGCCCGCGACGAACCUCGGUGCCGACGAGACGUGCCGGUUUCUCAACAAGCUCGGCGACUCGAUCUCGCUUUUGACCAAAAUCGUGCUCCGGCGCCGGCUGGCGCUCGAGCUGCCGCAGUCGCACCGCAUUCAGAUGGACGCGCCGCCGCCACUGCCCGCGAUCGCGAAUGCAUCGGCGUGCAUGCACUGCAAGAAGACCUUUCGCCUCUUUCGCAAAGCCAACGAGUGCCAACUCUGCCACGGCAACGUCUGCGCCAAGUGUUGCCGCCACGAAGAAAUCGAGACUGCUGACGGCCUCGUCACGCGCGUCCACGUGUGCCACGUGUGCUUCAAGCAAGUCCAAGACAAGUACGCCCACCAAGUCGCCACGAAACCGCGGUCGCAGUCGCGUCCGAACGACGAGAAGAAGGCUACCAAUGCGACCACGACCAUCGUCACCGUGUGUCGGUGCGGCCGGCCGUCGGCGGGUGCCUGCGGCUCGUGCGCGGCGCCGUGCUGUGCCCACUGCUCGGUGCGCGAUCCCAUCCCUGUCGGCGGCGGCACCGUGCUCGAUCUGCAGCUGUGCCACGCGUGUGCGCUGCGGCACCGAGCGCAGACGACCGCGGUGGCGCGGUAUUCUGACCCGAUCAUUCUCCACGACGAAGCGCCGUCGCACAUGCACAACACAGAGCUCAUGCGCACCGUGAGCUUGAGUGAAAAGAAGGCAUCGAGCUCGAAGCAGCGCUACCUCCGCCAGAAUAAACCUGUGUUGCUCUUCGACCCGGCUGACCUGCCGCUUUUGCCCGAACUCGACGAGCCGGCCCGUGCCUCCCGCAACUCGUCGUCCAACAACUCCAAGCUCGAGGACGGACUGCGCGUGUCGCAAGGCUCGUCCAACCACAGUCGCCGGAGCUCACUGCCGCCGCCCGCGCCGUCUCCGAUGUACCCAACCACCACCCACGCUCCAAUGACCACCACGCCGAAGGUCGGCACACCGGUGGCGGCGACACCGGUGGUUGCCACCGAGGCGGAAGAGACGUUGGUGGACCAGAUCCGGCACUUUGCGUGUCUUGACGUCGGCACCAACGACGUCCACGACGCCUUUUGCCGAUCCGCAACCACAGACAUGGACUGUGCAAAUGCGUACGUCACGCUGAUUUACCAAGGCGCGUACAUCCUCAAGGGCGCCUUUGGCGCCUCGGUACCGGCGCAGGUGCCGGCCGAUUGCGCGUUGACGGCGGCAACGCUCGCCAACGAUCUCUUGGUCGUACCCGACGCCUCGGCCGACGUCCGCUUCCUAACGUCGCCUCGCGUCACCGGAAAAGAGCGGGUUCGCUUUUACUGCGGUCUGCCGAUCGUUACGAUGGACGGCCUCGUGCUGGGCACCGUGGCCGUCGCCGACGCCGCGCCGCGUCUGCGCAUGCCGUCAGCGCACUUGGCGGCGAUGCAGGCAUUUCAAAGCGCUGUCGUGGAGCUCAUCGAAUCGCGGCUUCAAGCUGCGCUCGAAUCCAACGACUAAGUUGAGACACUAGUAGACGGCAUAUCGGGCUGACAGGAAUACACACUAAAUGAUUCUUAUCGUGCAGUAACAGUGCGUGUUGUACUAGCAUGCAACAGUGCGAAGCCCAACGCGUCACCGGACAUUUUAU